AUGUCCAAGGACGACGCUUGCAAAGUGACAUCUGCCAGCAAACACAAGGAGCGCAAGCCCAAGAAGCCUCACUAUAUUCCCCGGCCAUGGGGUAAACCCUACAACUACAAAUGCUUCCAGUGUCCCUUCACUUGCAUGGAGAAAUCUCACCUGUAUAACCAUAUGAAAUAUAGCCUGUGUAAGAACUCCCUUUCUCUGCUCAUAGAGUCAGACUGGCCCUAUAAAAAGGGCAACAUCCUGCACCCAGAUCAGCUACGACCCUUUCAGCAGGUGCAUGGUCUCCACGCUCCUGGGAAGGAUGAACUAGAGCAGGUAACACGGACUGAGGAGGAGACCGAGGCAGCGCAGGAACAUGGAGGAGGAAGGGGAGGACAGGGAGCCAGGGACCAGAAGAGGAAGGAGGGAGGACGAGGUGAGGGAGCAGAGAUUGUUGGGCUGACAAAGGAGAGCUCCAGCAACAGCAGCAGCAGAGGAGAGGCUGCAGAGUGCGCUGCCAAGAAAACCAAACAGCCAGAGUCAGAGCUCCUGAUGGCUGACAUGCUCUCCCUGGAAGACCAGCUUUUACGAGCACGUUCAGUAGAAGUAGAGGCCCAGCUGAAACAUUAUAAGCUAUCCAAGACAUGCCUAACAGCUCCCGGGUUGCUGUCAGAGCAGUGGCGGCUGCUAGCAUCCAGCCACACCAAGGCCAAAUCAGAAGGAACUCAACCCAGGGUGAGCAGCUCAAUUCCCUGUUACCCUCCUCCGCCAAACCUGGUGGACUACCAGGAUCCCACUGGACUCAAUCUGUCAGUACUCGGGGUAGGCUAUCCCAUCAGCCCCAGCCUUCUUCUCUACAUGAACUCGGCCAUUCCCGCUGCUGCCACGGGUGUCACAGCCCAGACCCAUGCCCAGCUCGCCCAGCUUCCCUUCCUGGCUUCGGCUGCUCAGUUAAUGCACCCAGCCUCUGGCACACACACAGACAGAGCCCUCAUCCCCCCUCGCUUCUACUACCCAUUUUUGUGCGAGCACACGUUUGGACCGACCUCCAGUCAGAGCGACACCAGCAAGUCACUCAAGACGUCCACAAACAGUCUAGAAGUGAAUCCCCUGUCCAGCUUCCAGCCCAAAGUCAAUCUGUGGAAAGUGCCAGCAUUGCGGCCAGGGACCGCUGCUGUCUCUCUGCUGACUGGGGUGUCACCUCAGAGAGACUCCCCUGAUCAGGGCUACAGGCUCGGGGAUAAACUGCAGGCUAUACCCAAGGAUGCCAAAGCAACCUGGGGUCUAAAGAGGACAGGGGCACCACUGGGGAACCAUGAGGUACCUAUGGAGAAGAAGCCGGCCAUGGGCUUCACUUUGGACCUCCUGAAGAAUAUUCAGACUGCAUCGUCUCUUAACGUGGCAGCAGACAAACUUCUCUUCCAGAACAGUUUACAGGAUGCUCAGCUUCAGACCCGGCCCACUGAACUGUGGUACAAUGAUACGCUCACCAGCCCCAACAGUGAAACAUCCUCUCUUUCAACCUGUGGGGGGACCAACAACCAAGACCCGACUGCUGCCCAGACAGUGGGAGAGGGAGCGUCAGAGUCAGUGGCUGCUCUCCUGAGUGACCUCUCCAAGGCCUUGCAGGAGUACCAAGAAGCUGAGCGCAAAAUCUCCCACCUGGAGAAGGAGGACAUUCCCGCCCAGCGGCACCUCUGGGAGCACCUGAGCAAAAUCCGCAGUGAGCUCUCCCACAUCCAUCAGGCGCUGGAGCGGACAGCCCGCCAAAGCGAUGGGCCUCUAGACCUGUCAGUAAAGAGAGACUCGACGGAUUUAGCAGGUGACCAGGGCAUGAGAGAGGAUGGCAGUCUCAAGGGCAACAGCACGGAGACAGAGGAGGAGGAUGAGGAGCUGCAGGAGAGAAGGGAGGAAGAGGAGGAUGAGAGUGAGAGGAAGGCGAUGAAGGCUUCGUUGGAGAGUCGCAAGCAGUCGUUGGACAUAUUGAUCAAGAUGAGUCAGGCGUCAGUGGUAAACACAGAGGUUCUCUCUCCUGGUGGACUCGGCAUCAGGCCCACGCCGACUGAGGCCUUAUGGCCGAGCAGAACCACUAAGUGUGAGGCAGACUCGAGUGUCCUGCUCUGCCCCGACGGCCGAUCCGUGGUGUUCACUGACAUCCCUGCCUCUGCCAAAACCUCAAAGAGACCCCCGUCCAUACAGCGGCUAGAAGCUCAGUGUCCUCCAAGUCCUUUGACAGCUACUGAUAAACUGAACUUCUGUUCUUCUGACUGUCAGGCACCCGGGGGCAAAGCUCCACAUCAACUAAAUGGAGGACUACCUGUCUGCCCCCAGGAUGGGCACCCAGUGCUGGGCUCACACUCAAGACACAGUGACAAAGGUCAUCUGCCAGGACGUUCAGUUUGA